AUGACCCCUUCUACAAUUACAUAUCAAACAAUCGAAGGAGACUUAAAAACAUUUGAAGAAUUGGAGCCGAUCGUAAAACAAGGGCUCAAUAUAGCCUUGUUGAAGCUUAAAAAUCCCAAUGGUCCUCACGCAAGGAAAAUUAAAGAAAUAAUUAGGAAU